CCACCAUCUCGGCCGCAUCAACGGCGACAAUCCGACUGGCUCGUCCGCUCGAUCCCGGCCCCAAAGCAGUUUGCUCCAAGUCGUAUCGCCAAUCCAGCUGCGCAAUGGCUCAAAACCAGCAACAGGAGCCGGCCUCAAGUCUGCCAUCCUAUCUGAAACGCAACCCCGUCCUCUUCGUUGCCAAGGCCUCGGCGAUCGCGGGCCUGUCGGGGGCAACACUGGGUGCAGCCAUGGCGGCCAUCCGGCUCCAAAAUGUGGUCUCGUGGUCGGUCGUUAUGGGCUCGAAAUGGGCUGGUCUGGCCCUGCCGUUCUUUGGCAUCCGAGAGGGCAUCCUGCGCUACAGAGCACAUGCCAACGAGUCGACAAACACACCUCAUCUGCUCGUUCGCGACAAGGAUGAGCUGAUUUCAACAGCGACCGCCGGGUCGAUCAUCGGUGCCGGACUCGGGCUCCUCUGGAGAGGACCCAUGGCCGUGAUUCCUGGCUCGGUCAUGUAUGCACUGCUGACGGCGUCCGGUCAGAUGGGGUACACCUAUCUGCGUCACUACCGACAGCGGGUAGGUGUCGAUCUGCUGAACCAGCAACUGUCGCCGGAUUCCCAGGCCGAUUCCAAAGACGACUGGUACAACAAGCCCUUCCGCAGCGAGCCCAUUCUCGACCCUCAAAGAUCGACCUGGGAUCCGAUCAAAGAUGCAUACCACCAUGUCCGUGAUUUGAUCAUCGGCCCCGUGGGCCACGAUAGCGAGUACCAGGUGCCGUCGUGGGCCUCGCCGCUUGCCAACGCACUGGACAUGGAGUACCGAAACAAGCUGAAUUCGUAUAUCGCCACACUGGAGUUCCAGAUUGCGGAGGUGUCGCAAGCGAAUCGUGCUCUGAGGGCGCAGCUCGAUGUCGCCGACAACGUUCCGAGCGAGCGAAAGCUCGAAACCGAGUCGCCUUUCCAGUGGCAGCCCAUGGAGAAGCAACUCGAGACCCUGGCCAGCCGCUAGAAUGGCUCGAUAGGCGAAAGUUGCACCC